AUGGGCUUACAUUUCAAGUGGCCAUUAGGGGCCCCUAUGCUGGCAGCAAUAUAUGCAAUGAGUAUGGUUUUAAAAAUGCUGCCUGCCCUGGGUAUGGCGUGUCCACCCAAAUGCCGCUGCGAGAAGCUGCUCUUCUACUGCGACUCUCAGGGCUUCCGCUCAGUGCCAAACGCCACAGACAAGGGCUCUCUGGGCCUGUCCCUGAGGCACAAUCACAUCACAGAGCUCGAAAGGGAUCAAUUUGCCAGCUUCAGUCAACUUACCUGGCUCCACUUAGACCACAAUCAAAUUUCAACAGUAAAAGAAGAUGCUUUUCAAGGACUAUAUAAACUUAAGGAAUUAAUCUUAAGUUCCAACAAAAUAUUUUAUUUACCAAACACAACUUUUACUCAACUGAUUAACCUGCAAAAUUUGGACCUGUCUUUUAAUCAGCUGUCAUCUCUGCACCCAGAGCUCUUCUAUGGCCUUCGGAAACUGCAGACCUUGCAUUUACGGUCCAACUCCCUGCGGACUAUCCCAGUACGCCUAUUCUGGGACUGUCGUAGUCUGGAGUUUCUGGAUUUGAGCACAAACCGUUUGCGAAGUUUGGCUCGCAAUGGAUUUGCAGGAUUAAUCAAACUGAGAGAGCUUCACCUAGAGCACAACCAGCUGACGAAGAUUAAUUUUGCUCAUUUCCUACGGCUAAGCAGUCUGCACACACUCUUCUUACAAUGGAACAAAAUUAGCAACUUGACAUGUGGGAUGGAGUGGACCUGGGGCACUUUAGAAAAGCUAGACCUGACUGGAAAUGAAAUCAAAGCCAUCGACCUGACAGUGUUUGACACGAUGCCUAAUCUUAAAAUUCUCCUCAUGGAUAACAACAAGUUAAAUAGCCUUGAUUCCAAGAUCUUAAACUCCCUGAGAUCCCUCACAACUGUUGGCCUCUCUGGCAAUCUGUGGGAAUGCAGCCCUCGAAUAUGUGCUUUGGCCUCCUGGCUGGGCAGUUUCCAAGGUCGGUGGGAACAUUCCAUCCUAUGUCACAGUCCUGACCACACCCAAGGAGAGGAUAUACUAGAUGCAGUCCAUGGAUUUCAGCUCUGCUGGAAUUUAUCAACCACUGUCACUGCCAUGGCUACAACUUAUAGGGAUCCAACCACUGAAUAUACAAAAAGAAUAAGCUCAUCAAGUUACCAUGUGGGAGACAAAGAAAUCCCAACUACUGCAGGCAUAGCAGUUACUACUGAGGAACACUUUCCCGAACCAGACAAUGCCAUCUUCACUCAGCGGGUAAUUACAGGAACAAUGGCUUUAUUGUUUUCUUUCUUUUUUAUUAUUUUUAUAGUGUUCAUCUCCAGGAAGUGCUGCCCUCCCACUUUAAGAAGAAUUAGGCAGUGCUCAAUGAUUCAGAACCACAGGCAGCUCCGAUCCCAAACACGACUCCAUAUGUCAAACAUGUCAGACCAAGGACCGUAUAAUGAAUAUGAACCCACCCAUGAAGGACCCUUCAUCAUCAUUAAUGGUUAUGGACAGUGCAAGUGUCAGCAGCUGCCAUACAAAGAAUGUGAAGUAUAAUAUCUACCCGUCAUCAAAAAUUACAUCAGAUAAGUAACCUAUUUUACAUAGUAGGGGAUAAAUACAUACCUAAUUUUUACCAAUGGUGACAUUAAGCCUAAUUUUCCAAACCAAGUGGAGACUUAAGUUUUUGAAGUGUUGAAGUAUUUUUAAUUUUUUUUAAUGAACCCAUAUUUUAAGUGUUAUAUGAAGCAAAGCUCAUAUUAAUUUGCACUCUUGUUGCAAAGUCUAAAAAUGCUUAUUUCAAAAUAAGACAUUUCAUGUAUGUAAUUAUUAUAUACUAUCAUGUGUAAACAUUUACACUAAGGUCUCCAUAUGCUAUUUUUUUCUACUGAAAACAGUUUGGAAAGAAGCUACUGAGCAGAAAAAGAUAUGGAUCAAUACUUGUUAGAUCACUGCUCUCCAUCCCAAGAACCACAACUGGCUUGCUGCUUAAAAGGAGGCUUAGCAAAGUUUUCGUCUAUGACAAUUUGGUAUUUACUCAAAUCUACAAUUUAUUGCCAGUGUGGGAAGUAGAAUUUCAUGUAUGCUGAAGACUGGUAAAUAUUUAACACUCUUCUUCCAGAGUUUUUGCCUGGGUUAGUAGAUACUAUCAAAGUCCACAUUAUGAAAUCAGAACCCUUUAUGUAAUUCUA